AUGAAGAUCAAAGCCUUCCGCCCCCUCCUCCCCUCCUCCAACGACGUCGCCGCGUCUCUGGUCUGCCCUCCCUACGACGUCGUCUCGCUCCCGGAGGCCCGCGCCAUCCUGGACGCGAACCCCUCCUCCUUCAUCUCCGUCGUCCGCCCGGACGCCAGUCUCCCCGACGACGCCGCCGCGGCCGAGACCUACACCGCCGCGCACGCGGCCCUCGCUUCACUCCAGCGCUCUUCCUCCCUCGUGCGCGCCUCCGAACCCCGCCUCUACGUCUAUGAGCAGACGCUUCACGGCCGGUCCCAGCGAGGCCUGGUCUCGCUGGCCGCCGUUUCCGAUUACGACGCUGGUGUCAUCAAGCGCCAUGAGCGCACGCGCGCGAAGAAGGAGGAAGACCGCACUCGUCUGACGGAUCACCUGUCCGCCAACGUCGGCCCGGUCUUCCUGGCCUACCCCGACGUCGUCGACGUCGACAAGAUUGUCAAUCACGCCGUCAUGGAGGACACGCUCUUCGACGUCCCGCCAGGCGAUGACGGCGUUCUGCACAAGGUCUGGGUUUUGUCAGAGUCACACAGCCACCAGCUCGUGGAUCUCUUCGCGUCUGACGUUCCCGUGUCGUACAUUGCUGACGGACACCAUCGAGCGGCGAGUGCAGCCCGAGUCGGUCGUGAAAGGAAGGCCAGCAUUGGGGAAGCGUGGACGGGGGAGGAGGAAUUUAAUUGUUUUCUCACCGUCCUCUUCCCAGCCAGCCAGCUCAAUAUCUUAGCCUACAAUCGCAUCGUAAGGCCUCCGCCCACUUUUAAACCAUCCGAAUUCAUACAACAGCUGUCGGAGAUAGGCGAGUUGACAAGGAUGGCAAAGUCGCCGUCAGAAGUACCGGAAAACCCUGGCUCUGUGUACGUCUUUUUGGAGGAUGAUUGGCACUCAUUCACGUUGCCCCCGCCAAAAGAGAAGUGCGGCGUGGCGGACGCUCUCGAUGCUAGCCUGCUUCAAAGAAACGUGUUGGGGCCGCUCUUGGGCAUCGAAGAUCCUCGAAAGAGCGACCGCAUAGAUUUUGUCGGUGGCAUUCGAGGAGUUCCCUACUUGGAAGACAGAGUGCGAAAAGGUGAUGGCACUGUAGCUUUCGCUCUGCAUCCCGUCACUGUGAAACAACUCUUUCAGGUUUCAGACCAUGGGGAGGUGAUGCCCCCUAAGUCGACAUGGUUUGAGCCCAAGCUGCGCUCCGGCUUCUUUAUACACACCUUUUGA